CGAGAGAGAGAAAGCUGGAUUCUCUUUCUCUUGCUUCUCUGCCACCGCAUAGAAACCAUGCUCAGGUAAUAGUACUUCGCUAGAUGGAGUGGGCUCGCAGCUGAAGAAAAAAUCAAAUUUCAUGGUUUUCAUCAUCGCGCGGUUGCCCGCGUAAGGGCAUGCGCCUGGCAUAGCGAAGUUGUUUGGGUAGCGCCUGUGCGUUGAGGGAUUAGAAAUUUAAGGGGACAGGAAGCGUGCGUGGACAAACCAACGAGGUUACAGGCCGGCCUGUCGUCGAUAAUUGAAACGAGUGGCACGCAAGUUUACUGUCUUCCACAGAAAUAAGGCACAUGAGAAACCGCAGGGCUUAUCUGACUUCUGCUGCCGAAGCCGUUAGGCAUGCGUGUUGCGUGCACUUCGCAACCUUUUCGAAUUGAAGCAGCUGACACACGUAUCGCGUCAACAAGGGGCUGCGCUGUCAGCCGUUCCUGCGUGCUUCAAGACGCUCGCAUAGACGUUGUGACAAGUCACAGGCUUAAAGGAUCUUCUAGUUCUGGAAGAUAGUCCACUCCGACAGCGAGGAAAAACAAAGGGACCUUAAGACAAUAGACGUUGCGGACCACGUCAUAGUGGCAUCUGAAAAAUCCAAUACUCUUCAUAGAGAAGCGAUCACUUCUUGCGCCGCGAAAAAUCUUCCAGCGCUAGUAUCUACUCUCCUGCAGCAGGCGUUUGUCUUUUCGUACACACCUACACAACUCUUUGCAGCAGCAGCUGCUACGCCGAAAAUGAGUGGAGGUGGGGCGCAGGGCUUUCGCAUCUUCCUCGUGGAUGGCGAGGAUAGCGACAAGAAGCUGGCUGGAAGCGUUACUUUCCAUGCGUCACAGAAGGAGCGGGACAUCUCCUCGCUGCUUGGCCAGGUUUUCUCACUGUCCGACGAUGUACCACGCGCCGAGUACACGUUGGUGGCCGUUGAGAAUGGUCGUCGCGUGCCGCUCACCGACGAUCAAGUGGCAACGUCGUUUUUCCAAGACGCAGUCACGGCAUAUCCUAUGAUUGAGGUAAUGCUUUUUGAGUCACGUCGUCUACGGAUGAGGGAAACGAGAAUAUUACAACAUACCUCUUCACCUUUCAUGUUGAUUGGUAGAAGACAUCCUAUAGGUUCUGUUGCCUCAGGAGCUACGUGUAGAUCAGAAGACAUCCUUUGACCUUGUGAAGUCGUUGAGUCAUUCUGCACUCUACAUUUCGCUUUCAGCUGCACAAAAGCAAUAGUGCGAAAGAACAGGAGGAUGUAAAGAGACGGAAAUCGAUGAGGAAGGACCAGGUAUUCUUUUAGCCGGCUAAAUUUGACGAUAACGUAGAGCCUUGACCGUCUUAUGAGUAGAACAAAUCAUACACAAGUAAUUAACAUCUAAGAGUUUGCUGGUACAUUCAUAUUUCUCAUCAUGCAUAAGAUAAACAAGAGUUUCUACGAGUGUGUUACAGGAACAGCAUGAACGAUCAAUUCAAAUUAGAGGUCCAUAAUCAUGUCUUGAUUACAAAGUAGAGUAACAAAAUCGUGGAAUGCUUGCUUUUACAUCAACCUCUGCAAGGUCGACAUGCUGGAGAAUGAGAAUAGAGAGCUGAAACGCGGAGCGCAGUUAGUGGAGCGAAAAAUGGAAGAAUUUAAGGCCGAAACUAAGCGGCAGCUGGACGAAAUACGAGGCGUGCUAGUACCGAUAGAACGAAACGUGAAGCAAUUCAUGUCGCAGAUCGAAGUAGACACUGCAGAAAGGUACUUACUCACACUCUCUACUGCUGGUUAGUAAAUGUUACUUUCGUUUUAUGCGAAUUUCGAUUAGUUUUCGUUUUUAGCAGGACCGCCUUCAAUGAAUAUGUAAACCUGAAUUCAACCUGACAUGAAAUCAUUGAACAAUAAUUGAGAAGUUUCACCUGAUUUGCAGCCGCUGUUCGAUGGAGGUGAAGAUGCAGAAUAUGCAGCGGAUAACGGAGGAAACUAGCGAGAGAGCCACUGAGCUGGAACGUAAUUUCAAGCGCGAGGUUGGCGGGUUUCAGUCGGAUGUCUUGAAGCUCACGUCAAAGAUAGCCAAGCUAAGUGAAAAUAACGCGGAAAGCGAGGAGCAGAGAAAUAACUGGCUCGAAAAUAUCAAAAAGGGCUUCCAGUCAGUCAAGGUAAUGAUAGAACAAAAAUAGCUAUUGCAUUUGGUUCUUAGAUUAUCGAAGGUUGACAAGGCUAUUUCUGAACUUACACAGGCGCUGCUGCUGUUUCAGUGGUUUCCAUAAUUCAACUUCCUUUCAAUUUUACAAGAAACAGAGUGCAACCUGGGAAAUAUUUAUUUACGUCCACCAAGCCGACUGGUUAUAUUCGAUCUUGAGGUUUUCUCUGACAUUACAUGAGAAAUUUCUGGUGUCACUAAACAAUCAGGAAUCCGUGAGUGAAAGCACAAGAGAUGUUGGGCGACUCAAAUCAGAGAAGCUGGACGUUUCCAAAUUUCAAGCGGCGGUGGAUACACUGUAAGAAUUUUGAUAACUUUUCCAUCCCACACUUCAACGUCGUCUGGUAUGGAGAAACUUGUACGACGUGCUUGGUUUUUGUUGUAGGAUUCAUUUUGAAUUUCAAAAUCAUCAUGAAGUAAAUAUGAUGGUAAGUCUCAUCAAGAUCCUACGACGAUGAUCAUCAGAACAAAGCGAUGUGAAAGUCUCGAGUCGGAGCUGAAAGUGUCUAACGAUGCGCGCGACAAAAUUCAUCGGGAACUGUUGACCAGAAUAGACGCUGAUACCGUGUCAAACAGCGAGGCGAUGUAUGACAGAGAAAUAAGUACUAGUCGUAGAAUUUUGUAGACUCGACCGUUGCCGGGGGCAACCGACUACGGGAGGGCGCACUGGGCUGGUGCUGGUAGUCGAGUGAGCUGUCAGUGGCUGGCAUGACAGCGGCCCCGGGGGUUCUUGUGUUUUAUGCUUUCGCCUAUGGGUCUUCAGGGUGAUGCUUGAGGCUGUGCCGCGGGCUCUGCUGUUCAGCUACAAAGCCGUCUACAAGGGCAGCCGACUGGGGGCCAAAUUGGUGUGGGCUUGGCUUUUGGUUGGGUCCUGCGGCCUCGCCAGAAGUGUCCCAAAUGUCGCGCUUCGCGGCGGCUAUCGCGACCCAGUACGACCCAUUUUUUGGGUCGGUUUCUAGUUGGUUUUGGCAAUCAAUGUUUGGGUACGACCCAUUUCCUAGUCCUGUGACUGAAAAGCGGGCACUUUUUUAGGCUUCAGCUCAUUAGUUUCUGGCUCAUUUUGGGUCUCAAAAAAUGUGUCGUACAGCACCAAAUGUCGGCACCUCUUGUCGACAUCGGGCAACCCAGUACGACCCAUUUUAUUUUUCCCUUUAGAAAGACCGCCCCUUUCUUUAAGCAGGAGCAGGCAGCGCCACCAGCGUGAAAUGUGUACGCAGAGGAGGCUCCUCGAGCCCUUCCCUCGCGUGGCUUCUUGCGCUGCUUGCGGACUCCCAGGCGCGCCAGGCUCUGAGAUUUUCCGCUUGGUUGUUUCCUUGCUCCCUAUUAUCAACGCGCCUAUAGGCAAAGGCUUCGGCUUCAAGUGGCAUCGAGGUAUUUUACAAACAAAGUACUUAUUUUUCUCUCAUACGAUGCAACGGCUGGACCAUCGAGUUCGCCAAGACAUGACCAAUAUGGAAGCCAGACGGAAAGCCUACAACGAAGAACUAGAUCAGGUACAAUUCCAAGUGCGCGGGAGUUCACAACUUGAAGAUCGUUCAACAAUGUGAUGAAACAAGUUCAGACAUAUGAAAGAAAGAUUACCUUCAUGUGUAAGGCAGUCUGUUGUAGAUCGCAUGCAGAAGUAGAGUUGCACUCACAACCAAACACGACAGCUCCUCGAAUUGCGACUAGCGGAAAUAAGAGCAGUGGUCGGAAAAGUGGAAGGGGAGAAGGCUGACAUUUUGGAGGUUGAGGAUGUGCGAGCUGGAGUUUCGACCGAGCUGAAAACUUUGGAAAAUGGUACGCUUUGCAAACCGAAUCAAGGUGUUCCUGUAGAGACCUAUCUGUACGAGUCGAAUCAUAUCUGGACGAAGCGAGUUAUCCAUUCAUGCAUCUCCUAAGCAAUCAAUCUACUCAUAAAGGACCGAAACAACUAGUCGUAAUUCAGGUCUUGCCGUGGUGAACGGGAAGUACGACGUCGUCAAGAAGGAGCACGACGAAUUCGUCGAGGUACACCAGAAUGUAUGGCUCCUAUUGAUCCAUCAUUAAAAGCAUCUACUUGAAGAUGUUUUCUAUGAGGCAGCAAAAAAUGUAAGCACUAACUAGGGAAAUUUUUUUUGUAGGGGGCUUAUCAUUAUCACGAUAAAAGGGCGUCUACCUGAAAAUUGAUUCUGAUGGCCUUUUCUAAGGAAGAGAGUAGCCGAGUUUGAAAAGGAGUUUGGAAAAGCUUUGGUCCAGACCAAGCUUGAGUUCCAGUUAGAAAGCCAGAAGACGGAGGAGGGAUAUCUAGCGAGUACGAAAAUGCUCAACGUGCUUCAUUAUGAAUGACAAAAGGCCCUGAUAAUAGUCUAGUGGCUUCGACGAUAAGCUUAACUCCCGAUUCGCUAUAGAUUUAGAUUUUCAAUUAUCAAAGAAAUGAUAACCCUUAUGAAAAACGAGACUUUUUUCUAGGUAGGCAGCCUUACGGAACUUAUUAACACGACCUUUAUCAUCUGUAGUGUUUGAUAUGAUUUCUAUCCCAUCCUUCAUUGUUUGCUAUUUACGGCUUCAUGUUUGCGAUUAUACUUUGAUUUUGGAUUGGGAGCAGCUCUAAUGUGUGAAAGAGCUCGGAGACUUCGUCACGCAGAACGGCCGGCAUAUAUCUUUGCUCCAGCAUGAGCAUCAGGGGCUCAAGGAAGGCAUUCUCUUACGAAACAGGACGAAGUCUAUAAGAAUAUGUUAGCUCCCAUAGCCUGGGAAGCUUAGCUGUACUUUCAGUCGUGAGCUACUUCGAGCAUAUUUCAUUAUGAGUCCAUGGCAUAUGAGUCGGUGUCCAUGGACCCUUGCGUACAACUUCGCUGGUUCAUGGAAUGCAUUGUUACACUUUCCUCCUCCUAAGUAAAUAUAUCAACUACUUUCUCGCGUCUCUUCAUGCUCCCUUCUCGACAGCGCAAAAAACACGAUGAGCAAGAACAUGAAGAGCUUUGUUGGAGACUAUCAAGGCUUCGUCGAUGAGCAAGAUAUAUGGAACGAGGAUGCGACGAAAAAAAUCACCAAUAUCCUCCAAGCGAUGCAGCCGACGAAACUCGAGUGGAGGAUCGAGGGUACGAUGGUUUUCAAUAGUACGUAGUUCUGUAGUAGGAAGUGUUUGACUUCUUCAUGGUAGAAUAUCAACAUCAAACAUUCUUGAGGUCAAGUCUUGUGUUAAACAAAUCUGUCUUUCAGAUGCCUUCUACAACAUGUUGUGGAAGUAAACAUGUCUGAGCUUGAGAAACUGAAGAUACUGACCUUUUCAAAUAGAACUGGUCUCCGUUUCGAUCGCCUAAUUGGCCUGAAAUUCAAUGUUGAAUUAUUCAGCCAUUUCGCGGAAAUUAGCCGAUGUGGGAAACACACCGUGCAUCCGAUCCGAAUCGUUCCGACUUAAUAGUGUGCCUGAUUUGAGACUAGACUUUUUCCUAGAAGGCCUCGACUCUCGCAUUUAUCAAGAAGGCGUCAGUGCAGUGCGUCUAUACGCACCAAAAGGCAGCAAAUUCAAGUACAUGUUUAUACUUGAUAAUCUCAAUUUUUUUUCUGUAGAAGUAAAGUAGCUAAUGGGCUUUCUUCAGGUAUGUUUGCUUAGAUCAAUCUUCGAGAUGAUGCGGUAUCUUGUCCCUUUUGAUCCCGACCUUGUUGUCUCUUAAAAAAACGAGGUAUGAGGUCGCUAUAGGACGGAUUUGCGAUGGAACGAAGAUAUUUGAGGGGUCGACGUCCGAGGGUCUCUUCUGGGUGGAUCUCUUCUUCCCGGACUGGCAGAGCGAAAUAAGUUUGGACACGAUAACGAUAUCCUGCGAAAUCUUAAGGCUUUCGAGUGUUUGAAUUCUUCUUUUUUCACAGGGUAGGUUCGUUUUCAGACCCUAGCUGCGGAAAAUUUUGAACAAAUUUGGUACGAUCAGAGAUCCAGCAGUCGAGUCGUCCCAUGUUCCACAUUCUGCAGGCUGUGAAUCCGUCACUCCUCUCCUGAUCAUUAUCCUGGUUGUACACACUUGGAUGAGUUGUAACAGAAAGUUGUCAACGAAUCCCUUACAGCUCUAAAAAUAGUGGAAAAUAUGCUCUCGCCGGCGGGCCAGGCAAAGAUGGUAAAACUGCGGACGGAGUAG